AGCUUGACUCGAGACCCUCAAGACAUGAUAUCACCGGGUCAAAGCGGAGCUCGAUGUGAUGCUGCGUGGCUGGCUUGACAUUGUUAGAAUCAACCAAUGGCGACGGCUGAGUACAAGCACUCGAUUUUAUGGCGCGGAGAGGACCCGACCAAAACAAGAUUCAAGCCAGCUUAUGAUGGGUCCAAAAAAGUCACUAGGUAUCGCCGAGGACAGGCACCAGAAUGGGCCGAAGAGGGAAAGAAAGUGCAGAAGCGUCAAGAAAAACCAGAAGAAGACCUGCGGAAGGCCAAACGACGACGACAAGCUGCCGCCGUGGUCCUCGAGGCAGACAGUGCUAGCAGCCGGUUAGCUCGAUUGCAGCGGUCUGAGACAGGGGAAGAAAGAAAGGGUGAGACCGGCACAGAGAGGCUGUUGCGACACCGUCGAAUUGAAGAAGCAGUUAUUCUUGAAGCCGAACCAAAAGAUGAAGCAGAUGUCACCGAGGAGAAGAAAGAGGUCUUGAAAGAGGAGUUGGACUUAGAUUUGAAGCCUGGGGUGGCGGAGUUGAGUUUCGAGAUCAACGAAGAGGAUGAGGAUUUGGAAAUUCGACAACUUCGUCCGCACCUUUUCGAUUUGCUCUCCAAGCACCUUGGGCCACCUUGCGCAAAUAUGCGAUCACUUUACUUUCUUGACCUAGGCCGAGAAAAGAUGCGGGAGAAGGCUUUGUCGAAGCGGAAAAUUGAAGAGGACGUCUUGAAGGUGGAACUGGAAGAAGAGCAGGAGGAAGUUGCAGAGGAGAGCGAGUACGAAUCUGAAUCUGAAGAAGAUGACCCAAGGCGUGGUCCCUUGAUGAAACCAGUCUUCGUGUCGAAGGCGAAUAGAGAAACUGUCCGGGAGAAGGAGAUGAUAGAAAAGGAGGAGGAAGAUGCUCGGAGAAAGAAGGAAGUCCGCGCACUUGAACGAAAGGCAGAGUCCAAAGUUUUACUCAUCGAUAAGAUUCAGGAGGAAGCCGAGGCUGAACGACUUGCAGCAGAAGAGGAUGAUCGUUCUGACAUCGAGCUGCUGGAUGAUGACGAUGAGAAGAACGAAGCAGAAGAGUACGAGCUUUGGAAGAUCCGUGAGCUGAAAAGAAUCAAGCGAGAUAAGGAGGAGCGCUUGCAAAGACAAAAAGAGAUUGAGUUUGUCCUCAAGCGAAGGCAAAUGACUGAUGAAGAGCGAGCCAAAGAUGAUGCAAGGCUUGAUGCAGCGAAUCCCAAAAGGGCUGAUGUGAAGCAGUUCAACUUCCUGCAGAAGUACUAUCACCGUGGUGGCUUCUUCCAGGACAAAGCAGCAUCAGGGGAAGAAGCGCUCUAUUUGCGCGACUACCAUGAACCGCUUGAAGAAGAGAAGUACGACAAGAACCUUUUGCCCAAAGCAAUGCAGUUGAGAAGAGGAGAAUUCGGCAAAAAGGGGCAGGUAAAGCACUCACAUUUGACGGAUGUUGACACCACAGACAUGUCUGCGGCAUGGUCUCAAAGCUCCAAAGUAGUUCAGAGGUACCAGGAGAAGAUGGCGGCAGCCAAAGGAGUAACAAACUUCGAGCGCCCAUCAAUGAAAAACAGGCUGCAGUGAAGCGCAGUGACUAGGUUGCUAGGCUAGCUACCUGUGGGCUGAAGGCGCCACAGUUGAA